GCUGGAAGCCGCUUUGUCAUCAAAACUUGGCGCCUACCAACGCCUUUUCCAACUACACCCCUCCAGCCCUCAUACCCAACUCGCUUUUCUGGCAACAACGUGACAGUUUCGACUCUGAGCUCUAUACAGGCGAAAGAACUAUGUAACGAUCUACUGAAUUGAUGAAUUCGUGCACCCAUUGCCGUUCAUUGCGCUCCAAUCACGAGAUCUUUCGGACAUCCAGGGUUUUGCACCGCAUCUAUGGCGUGCUAGAGUCUAAACAAACGGCAUCCAUUUCGAUGUCAAGACAGUACCCUCCAAAGGUUCGAUCGGCAUUCUCCAGAUGCGCGCAUCCAUUCAAGGUACCCCGUUUUCAACGAGCUGAUUUCUGGAAAUCAAGCCUUCGCAGGGGCAUGCAUGUAAGAUGGUUCCAGACCCCCAGGUUUCUCUCUCUACGGCUUGUAUCACGCUACUGGCCUAUUUCUUUUUCGCUCUCAGAGCCAAUCCCUAGUGGCAAAACGCCCGGGUAUGCAAGUACCGUGCGGUACAAACAAAGACCGGACUUUUGGCUUCGAAUUAGAAAUACAAGCCUCAACUUGCGUGAUCUUAUCUUUAGUCUCGGAGGUCCUGGGUGAAGGCCGGUGCGAUGAGAGAUCUCACAAGGAGAUUUUCCAGACGUCAUGGAUCUUAGGGACAUAUAUAUACCAACUUCCCAGAAACAUUACUCUCAUUCUGUCUCUUUCCACAUGAAGUGACAGCUUGCCCUCCAAUACCUUGCAUCUCUAGCACAUACUGAUUCCUGGGUAUGGCUGACUCGGCUCCACAAAUCCCACUAACUCAAGGUGCCGGCUAUGGCGUCGUCAUUGGUCUUGGGGCACUUUUUGCCUUGGGAAUGAUUGCAAUAUCUGAAGUGAUGAAGAGGAGAGGAAACGUAGAGAAUUCUGAAGAGUUUACUGGUAUGUAGACAUGUUGAUGCUUGGAUUUCAUGCACUUAUAAUAGCCUUUCAGUCGCAAAGAGAUCCCUUGGAACUGGUCUGACUGCUGCUGGUGUUACCUCAUCCUGGACUUGGAGUACAACGCUUCUCUCGUCCGUCACGGUUGCUUACGUGUAUGGUGUUGCUGGAUCGUUUUUCUACGCAGCAUGUAACAGUACGCAAAUCAUGGUUUUCAGUAACUUAGCCAUUCAAUGUAAACGAAAAGCACCUAAUGCUAGAACAUUCCUCGAGAUCAUUCGAGUUCGAUACGGCACCACUGCGCACUUCUCUUUCAUGUUCUUCAGCUUGGCAUCGAAUAUUCUAGUCGUCUCGUCCAUCUUGAUUGGAGGGGCUGCUGCUAUAGAAUCAUUGACUGGUAUGAGUGUGUAUGCAAGUCUUUGGCUGCUCCCACUCAGUGUCUCUGCGUACACAAUACGUGGCGGUCUAAGAGCUACCAUUUUGACUGAUUACAUACAUACUGCAAUUAUCCUCAUCAUCAUUCUCAUGUUUUGGUUCAAAGUGUACGCGAGCGGAGAUCAGAUCGGCUCUCCAGGGAAGAUGUGGGACUUGCUCAUUGAAGCUGCGAAGCGGAACAAUUACUCGGCCCCCACUAAGGAUGGCAGCUACCUCACUAUACGAUCGAUAGGUGCUCUCAAGUUUGCGAUCCUCAGUAUCCUCGAGUACACCGGUGUCGUCUUUCUGGACAACUCCUUCCAUCAAAAGGGCAUUGCUGCGGACCCUGCUGCUGCCAUCCCGGGAUACGUUCUUGGAGGGCUGGCAUGGUAUGCCAUGCCGUUUACCUUAGCUACCACAAUGGGCAUUUUAGCUGUUGCUCUGGAGAACACCACUUCUUUCCCUACGUUCCCGAGACGAAUGAAUGCACAGGAGAUUGGUGCUGGGUUGGCUCUACCAUAUGCCGCUCAGACAAUUGCUGGGAAAGGCGGAGCAGGCGCUGUGCUUGUGUUGAUGUUUAUGAGUUGUACCAGCGCCAUUUCUAGUGUCCUAAUUGGAACAUCGACUGUCCUGUCAUACGACGUUUAUAAAACAUAUCUCAGACCCAACGCGACAGAUGCCCAAGUGCUUCGAGCUGGCCAUUGGUGUGUUGCUGGGUUUGCGAUGUUUAUGGCAGCUUUUGCCACCAUGCUUCAUGGCGUCAAGAUCGACUUGGGUUUUAUCUACAAUAUGACAGGCAUAUUCACAGGUUCGGCGCUACCGGCGCUAGUCGCAACAUUCUUCUCCUCCCGUCAAGGUGCUCUAGCAGCCACAUCGUCAAUCUGGCUCGGCUUCUUCGCCGCCGUGAUUACUUGGUUGACACUCGCCAAACGCUUCUCAGGUGAAGUGACCAUCGCCUCCGUCGGCGCCACAGACCCCUGUCUCUACGGCUGCAUAGCAGGUAUCGGUGCCGCUGCCGUGGUCACCAUAAGCAUCUCGAUCUUCCACAACGCAAAUUACACAUGGGAGAGUCUCGGCGCAAUCCGACUCCUUGACGAUGAAGGCAAUGAUCGCGAUGUUGCUUACGAGGAUCCAACUUAUGAUCCUGAAAGACUGAAGAAAGCUGCGUAUGUUGCGAGGGGAAUUACAGUGUUCUUGUUCCUGGCGCUGUUUAUCAUUUGGCCGUUGACUCUCUACGGCACCGCCUACAAAUUCUCCCGCAAAUUCUUCACUGGCUGGGUCAUCGUCUCCCUUCUCUGGGCAUUCUUCUCCUUUUUCAGCGUCACCAUCUACCCGAUCAUUGAAGGCCGCCACUUGCUCCUCUCUUGGGCGAAAGAUCUUGUUGGAAAGGGUGGAAAGAGUGGACAUAGUGAUGAAUUUGAUCAUCACAAGGAUAAGCGAACGGCAACAUUUGGAGAUACAAGUCCGGAGGUGGGGAGCGCAAAUGAGAGUCUGAAGGCUGGGGGUAUAGGUGUUAGAGAGGAGAAGGCAUAGAGUUACAGGGAAGUUGGAAGCGGAGAGUGGCAAAUUGAAUUGGGCAGGGGACAACUUAACGUGAGGAUGUGCCGCCAAUAGCGAAUUGUUUAUUUUGGAUCUGCCAAGUUGUGUGUUGCCCACGUCGGUUUAGAAAGAAUUGUCUAGAAGUUUGACAGAACAAAAGGGUAUCGCUAAGGAUAAAAUAAAAGUCUCUAUGUGUUCGUCA